CUUUCUAAAAUGGAAGCACGAUGAUCGCGUCCCCGUCGCGUGCUGCUCUUGCUGCGUCAUUGGACGAACAGCUCAGGUAGUCCAACAACCACGGUCGCAGGCGGGACUUCUUUGACGUUUUAUCUGUCCUUGAUGCCCCUUCCAUUCUGCUGGCCUCACGAAUUCCGAGGUCGUAAUGCCGGCCGCCGGAAGACGCGCGCCCAAGCGCAGGGCCGCGGGGUCCAACGAAGCCGGCUCUCCCCCUCCUCCCAGUAGCACCGACGAGGCCCCUUCCGGGACGCGACGCAGCAAACGUCUGGGACAUGUCGAGAUCGAAGAGAUUCGGGACUUUGAGGCUCUGAGGGUACGCAAGCGGCAACGGAGUCGGAAGCCCGACGAAGAAGACGGUCGGCUCAAUGGCGACGAGGGCCGACUUGUCGAGGAAGACCGCCAGAGCAAUAACGGGGCGGAAGAGGCAGAGGACGCGGAGGUUCAAGAAGAGGCAGACGUGGCAGAUGCUGCAGAGGAUCAAGACGGAGUGGGCGAAGCAGACGAAGCAGACGAAGCAGACGAAGUAGAGGAUCAAAAUGAGGCAGACGAUCAACACGAGGUAGACAAUGCAGAGGAAGCACACGAUCAAGACGACGGCGAACGUGCCGCCAAUCCGAGGGAAUUGCAGGCACCGGCCGCUCCAAGAGCCACGGUUAAACCCAAUCAACGACAGACCAGUACAAGUCUCCGAGUGGACACACUUCGAAAGGUUGCAAAGAACACCAAACGAAAAUAUGGCCGCCGUUCUACUGGUGGUCCAAGCAGAGAACCCGGCACGGCGAGAGCAGCUGCCGGAAUCCCACGUCGGAAGAGUCGCCCAGGACAGAGUACGCUUGGAAACGGCGAUGCUGCGGCCGAGACCGAGACCGUCAAAGACAUUUACGAAUUCGAGGCCACCUCGCCAAGACGCGAGCCAGAGAGAGCGAUGUCGGAUGCACACCGAAUGGCCAGAGUGUCCGCGAGGUCGGACUUGGUAACUGGCAACGGCCUCUUUGUCGAGCAAGAUGUGGAUGAUGCAGAUGAGGGCGGUGCAGACGAGGAUGUUGCAGACGAGGAAGGUGCAGACGAGGACGACGCAAGAGAGGACGACACAGAAGAGAACGAAGCAGAAGAGGAUGGUGCAGAUGGGGACGGUGACGAACAAUUGUACGACGACCCGACCAUCGUAGGACUACCGACCUCAGCGCAAGAGGAGGCUCGGGCUGAUGCAGGUGCUGCCCACGAGACCGAGCCGCCGUCGAGCGCAGCAACCGAGCAAGUCCGGCGUCUCCUUGUUGAUAUGGGUCCGACCCCCGUCGAAAGACCCCCAGACGAGGUCGAUAACACAUACCCGGACGACCAUUUCAUCUUCAAUGCGCCCGAGGGACAGGAUCGAGUAGCUGCGGCGCCAAUCAAGUCGUAUUCCCUGAAGAGCAUCACCGAGCUGAUGGGCGGAACCGGGUGGACGCAGACCCGGCGAGAUAUCACUUUGACGACCGGCAAGGAACAACUCUCAAAACGAACACGCCCUCUGUGGAACGAGCUCUGCCAACUGAACGGUUUCUGGGAAGAAAUGCCACGGGCGCCUCUGUACGAGCAGCAAUGUGACUACUUGCAUGCGGACAAUGAAGAGGCGUCCAGCGCGAGGCAGAGCAUCACGACCGUCGAUCAACUGGUUCGCGCGGUGGUGGAGAAGGCGACGAAGCCCAGCCACGGCGAGGAAUCAGACAUGCCGCCGUCACGGUUUGUGAUCGACUUGCCCGAAAGGAUCAUUCCGCUGCUCAUGGACACGCUCGAAACAGUGUUCCGCAAGGGAGCCGACGUUGAGAGAACCCGGUAUUCUGGCAAGUUCACCAAAACACUGCUGCACAUCAUGCAGAGGGUGGUCGCCUGGACAGAGAAACUGUACGUUGCGAUGCAGGUACACCUUGCGAGAAGGAGGCUGAAGGAGCAGCCGCUGUCGAAGAGAACCAGCCGAGGCAAGCUGGGCGAGUAUCUGCGGGAUUUUAAGUCGGAGCUCAAGCAGACCUGGACCAAGACGAACGAGUCGAUCAAGCGCGAAAAGCUCUACGAAGAGAGGCUACGGCUGAUGAGGGACAGAAAGGAGCGGGAGAAACGUGAGAUUGGGGAGGCACGGCGACGGCAACGGGAGCUAUGCGACAUGCGCAUACAGGAGCGCAUGAGACGUGUUACUUUACAACCGCGCCAGGGAGAAGCAGCUUCGUCGCAGCGGCCUAUGCCGCAACUGACUUCUCAAGACCCGUCUUCGCAAGGUCCGUCUACGCAGCAGGCAAGCCAAGAGACGCAACGGCCGUCGACGGAGGCGACCCAAAGCCAGCAGCAGCAGCAGGGCGAGGCGGCGAUUGCCGAACCGAGCAGUCCGUGGCCCGAAGAGGACGUCAAGAAGCUCCUGCGGAUGCUGACGACGAGGCCGCAGACGCAGGUGGAGGCGCUGGUGUGGGAGUUCUCGCGCAAUGAGAGGGACGUCGGGGCGAUGGUGGACCUGCUGAAGCAGAGCGCCAGGACCUACGCGGCGGCGAAGGGCAGAGAUGUUCCGGCGUUUGCCGCUCUCUGAGCCUUUUUAAAGCAAGUAGGCAUGUGAGUGUGGCUGUUUGGAUGUUGCGGCGUUGAUUAAUUAGUUUGUUUGCGAGCGAGCUUUCCUUUUUCUGUAUUUGAAGAUACCCUCACGCGCCGCAGGUCUCUCUCUUUCUCUCUCUCUCUGUUGGCGCGCUGUUUUCUUUUGGUUCUACGGAUAGAAUCGAGCAAAUCAAUGCCAUCAAUUAAGGCCUUUGGCGAUGCGGAAUCGUCAAACGCUCUCAUCCGCCCCUUUCUUCCCCCACGUACUCGUGGCAGGGUCUCGCCUCCCACAGCCGGUUUACUCCAUGAUGAUGAUGACUCGGGCGUGGCGUUUCGUGAGGGUUGAAAUAUCACCAUGCAACACAUUACACUUUUAUGCGGACCGCAGACGACCGGAAGGAGCAGCGGCAGCGAGAACGACACGACGGCGGACGCUCUCGGCGAAGAGAAGCGAACCCUCCUCUUGUUUAUUAAAACACGGCCGGUUAUAUCGGCCGGAAACAGGCAGUGGGAGCAAUCACUCCGUCGGUGUGCGCGGUGGUCCCCUUUGUGCCUCUCCCACGUGUGGGGGUGGUCGCUACCCUC